AUGACAGACACACCAGACCCCCCGCAAACCGGGGGAAGCGGGCAUAUACACCGUGUGGCGCUGAAAAUACCGCCUUUCUGGGCAGACGAACCCGAGCUACGGUUCGCACAAUUAGAGGGACAAUUCACCCUCGGCAGCAUUACGGCCGACGCCACUAAGUACGCUUACGUUCUUUCGCACAUAGAAACGAAGCAUGCGAAAGAGAUCAAGGAUUUGAUCACCAAGCCCCCUGAGCACAACAGAUACGAGAACAUCAAAAAGGCGCUGAUACAACGGCUAUCACUUUCACAAGAACAACAGAUACGCCAACUACUGGAACACGAGGAAAUGGGCGAUCGCAGGCCUUCUCAGUUCCUGCGACACUUGCAAGCCCUAGCCAACUCGGCCAUCCCGGAGCAAUUGUUAAGAACACUGUGGAUGGGCAGACUACCAUCACAGCUUCAAGCAAUCUUGGCUACCAGAUCCGCGGAUAAGCUAGACGAAGUAGCAGAGCAGGCGGACAAAAUACACGAAGUUUCCUGCAGAGCAACGACCGUCGCCAGUAUUCAACUAGCGACCAUGGAGCAGCAGAUUCGAGAAUUAACGAAACAAGUGGCUAGCUUAAAAGGCCAACUCUCGCGUGCACACACGCCAAGAAAAGGGCGUGAACGCUCUCGAAGUCGCUCCAGGGGAAAGACAGAAGAGGAAGGCAAGUGCUUUUAUCAUCGGCGUUUUAAAGAAAAAGCCAAGAAGUGCACACAGCCGUGUAACUUCAAAAAGGAAGCGGAAAACUAG